AUGUGUAUGAACUUCACAAAUGGCCAUCUGGAGUUGGAUUGGGAGCCAAAGAAUCCACCAUUUGAUUCUCAGUUUUACGAAGAUCUGUUAAAUCCGGAAUUGUGUCAGAAACAAUUAUUAUACAUUCUUGCCAAUGAUCCUUCGCUUUUAACACAAUUUAUUGACUCAGGAUUGAGGAUCCCCAGGGGAAUUACACUAGGCAAUUUAGAAGACUGGGGAAACUACCACCAAUGUCUUGGGAUCAGGAAAGAAACGGACGAUUCAACUAUUGAAGGAAAGUUUUGCUUCAUUGACGUUCCUGCCGGUGAAAAUAAUCAACUCGCCGUACCUGAACUACCAGAUUGGGCUGACUUUAAUCCAAUUAAACUUAAGGUCAAUAAUGACACUGUUAAAGAUAUCAAACGAUACAAUGAAGAUAUCAAAGCGAUGUUUGGAUCGAAAGAAAGUUCCAAAACAGUUGACCAAAACUCGACAAUGGCAUUCAAACUGGCUGUGUGUGUUCCAAAGCCAUGUACAACACAGGAAGUUAUGGACGGCAUUUACGGCUUUACUGGCAUUUAUUUUCAAUAUAAUGAUCGAUACUGUCGAGUUAAACAUGAUAAACUUUGGGCUCCAGCUGAUUAUGUUAUGAUCUCAAUAUUUUCACUAUUGGGAUUACUUACAUUGUUAAGUACGAGCUACGAUAUCUGGGAAUCGAUAUAUUUAAAACCUGUCACAACGCUAUUGAUCAUCAAGCCCAAACUAUUUUCAGUUUAUACAAAUACUCGACAAUUACUCACAUUUACUUCAAACUCUGAUACUGUAGAAUGUUUGGAUGGAAUAAGAAGUAUUUCGAUAAUGUGGAUUAUCAUUGGACAUACAUUCUUUUUGAUGCCUCAGAAACAAAAUUUGCUUUAUUAUCUAAAUUAUACGCUAUCGAUCAACUCACUAUGGAUUACAGCAGCCCCUAUGGCUAUGGAUACCUUAUUUAUGCUAAGUGGAUUAUUGCUUGUUUAUAAGACUGCCAACAACAUGACUGGAAUGAAAUUACUGAGGAGCCUUCAUGUAUUCUACCUUAAUCGGCUAUUAAAACUGUUUCCUCUAUUAGCAACUGCAGUUCUUUUCCAAGCAUCCAUCUUUCACUGGAUAUCAGAUGGCCCAGUUUGGGAUGCUGUAGCCAACGCCACUCAAAACUGCCGAUUAUAUUGGUGGACGACCUUGCUUUACGUGCAGAACUACAUAAAUGGCGUUGGAAACGGAUUGUGUCUUGGACAUACGUGGUACCUAGCUGUUGAUAUGCAAAUGUACCUUCUAUCGCCGUUACUUCUCUUCUGGGUUUUAGGAAGAAGAAAAACUACCGCUUGGAUUUCAUUGAGUUGUGCUCUUAUAGCUAUUAUAACUUCUUGCACUAUAUACGUUUUUAUUAAUAAGUUUCCUUCAUCACUUUUUACUGUUAAUGAUGGCAUUACAAAUCCUACAUACGUGCAAUUGUACUACUACAAUACUCUAACCAGGGGUGCUGCUUUUGUUGUUGGAAUGUUAUUUGGUUACUUGUUGCAUGUAUAUAGAGGAAAGCAAAUGAGAAUAUCAAAGGGUAUUGCGGUACUUACCUGGAUUGCUGCAUUAGCUAUAAUAGCGACAAUAGUAUACUCUCAUCACCCUAUGAAAAGCACUAAAUGGGAUAACCGACCUGUUGACGGCCUUAUCAAUGCAUUCUGUAGACCGUUGUGGACUUUCAGCUUGGGCUGCAUGAUUUUUGCUUGCCACUUUGGUUACGGCGGUCCAAUAAAUUGGAUUCUAUCUCUUCGAAUGUGGAAGCUGCCAUCCCGGUUAUCAUACGCGAUGUAUCUUUUCCAUGUACCGAUCAUACUUAUUGUCGCUAAUAGUGGUGUCGCACCUAUCUACUUUUCAGUUUCAUCCACAAUUUACAGGUUCUUUAGUGACCUGUUUGUGGUAUUCUUGGUAUCCUUCAUCAUGGCAGUAUUUGUGGAUUCACCGUUUCGAAAUUUGAUGAAACUUACUUUGGGCCGCGGACCAAGAAAACCGAAAGUAUUGAAACAGGACAACGCAAUGCCUAAACAAAAAUUAGCCAGACUAAAUGGAUCGAGAACACCUCAAGAAUUGAAACAAGGCCAUCCAUUACCUCAGCAAAACUUGGCGAGAUUAAAUGGACAAAGAACGCCUCAAGAAUUGAAAAAAGAUAACGUAGGAACUAAACAAAACUCAACGAGAUUGAAUGGUAGUAAAAACGCGAAGAAUGAUAAUAAUGAAAACACUUUUUGGGGUGUGGGUGUCGUGAAUAACAGGUUUCUAAAGAACAAUGAAGAUUAUUAUUAGCUGUCCAACGUGAAAACAUUGUCGACCAGGAGGCUUUAUGCCGCAGAACGCGGCCAUCCAUGAAAUUUUGUAUUUUUAAGUAGAAGGGUAGAAUAUUUCAUCGUUUUUCUUUUUUCAUUAAGCGCAUAAUAGUGUGUUACAUCCUAUAAUUAAUGUCAUAUUCAUCUCCUAAACAUAUGUAUGCGUUUACUGAAGUGAAUAUAAUAUACUAAAAAUUGUAAUCAAUUUGUGUCGUUAGUCGUUAUCAACUUCAUGCAGUCGAGGUCUCGGAUAACGUCUUCAUGUAUUAACUGCAAACAGUCGAAACCGACUUCAUGCAACCGAGAUCGACAGCAUAGGUACAGUUAAUGCGUCAAGUUGUUAUCAACUUCUUGCAGUCGAGGUCUCGGCUAGUCUUCAAAAUAAAUAUAUUUUUUUAUGUUAACAAUUACUUAACUCCAUCGUCAAAAAAAUUGCAAUGACAGUUGAAUAAUAGCUCGGUGGGUAGCCACUGACAAGACACUACUCCUAGUUUUUAGCAGAAUACCAAAUGCACAAAAUCCUGCCUUUGGCACUCGUCAAUCGCAGGAUUUUGUACGUCAUCACAGAUCAUAACAUACGUCUAUAAUAACAUAACUCUACCGACACACAACUGAGAUGAUACAAAAUUAGCAGAUUUGGGAUUUAGGAGAAGUCACGAAAAACUAUUGGUUGCUAAAAUGCUUUGUUCCAGCUUGGGUAGAUAAUAAAAAUAAAAUAAAAUAUCUUAUUUUCAGACAACGACUUUUUCCAUGGAUUGUUUUGUUAGUAAACAAAAACCUUAAUAGUUAUGUUGAUCUAAAAUUAGUACAUUACCGUCAGCUCGGUCACCGAGACGCGCGUGUAGAGUGCCUACCGAGUACAGCACUAUCCAGCUUUCCCGUGACAACUUGUAGUUUGUUUGUUUUAACUGCCUCCGUGGCCGAACAGUUACCAUGCCGGACUGCCACGCAGAGGUCCCAGGUUCGAUACCCGGGCCGGGAGAAAUAUUUGUAUGACCUACAUUUAUUUCUCUCGUGAGUUUGGGUGUAAUUUGUGGUUGUCUACGUGUGUGUCCAUGGCACCCGCGACACAGGGUUUCCCUAGUGCGGGGCUAUGUUGAGUGUGUGCGUUUGUGUGCGUUGCGAUCAGUGCAAAAAAGUGGUCUGUGUGCUCCUCAGAAAUCAUACCUGACGCACUGCAGUGUCGAGGAAGCCCCAUCAUCAACCGGUGCUGUACGAUUUUUGAGUAUAAUUGGUCCAUAGACUGCUGGUGUAGUUUGGAUGGAUAAUUAGAUACGUUCUUAUGUUUCAGUACAGCUUGCACAGUAAAAUCCUUUUAUGUUCAUACAUUCUUAAAUAAGAAAUUUAAUCACACUAAACUCCAAUUCAAUUAAACUGCUUUUACAAGUCUCUCGAAUUCACACUCCAUGAACUCUUCGGUUAAUGAAGUCUACCAAGUCACUUCCGCUUAGUUGGCUCGGAUAAGGAAAGCGAUUUGCCCAUCGAUUUCGUCGUCGAAAUGUUCAAUUGAAUUCGCUUUAUUAAUUCCAAUCUGCUUAACAGCUUCACAUUUAUCAAUUCUGUAAUUAUUGUCAUCGUAAAUGUAUGCGUGUUGUUGUAGUACCUACCUAGUAAGGUUUUUUAUACGAUGUGGUUUAUUUCUGACAGCGCCAAAUAAACAUUGGAGUGAUUACUCCACCGGUAAGAGAUUAGCUUUUAUCGCAAAUCACAAGUCAUCUCUAUUUAGUGCCCUGAUUUUGAAUUUUUAAUAGAUUUAUAUUAAGUUUUUCUCUGACUUCUUGAACUUCCUCUUUUUUUAACCGACAUCAAAAAAGGAGG